AUGAGUUGCUGUAAAUCCCACACAUUUGGGUUUCCAGGGUUAGGGUUACUGUGGUCCCGCCUUCUGCUGCAACCUGGGAGGCCGCCAUGCCCACAAUCAGCCCCACCCAAAAAUGGGAGCCUGAACGGCUGCGGGCCUUUUUCUCAACCCCAUUUCAUCAAUUGCCACUCGAUUGUCUACAUACCCACGACCCUGGGUCCACAAAACGAUUCGAUCGCGGGUGGCCAUGGACGCCCUGUCCCUAGCUGCCAGCGUGAUCGCUGUCGUCCAGAUCUCGGGUCGCCUGAUCAAGCUGUGCAAGGAUUAUAUGGAAGCCAUUCAGGACGUGCCUGCCGAUCUUCGCACCAUGCUGGUUGAGAUAUCGACACUCAAAGGCUUGUUUGACUCGCUGCACAUUCUCAUCGACACUGUCACUCUUUCUCAGGACAGCGACUCGCUGCAGGCUCCUGUCAAUGCAUGUCGCCAGGUUUUGUCCGAUUUGGAGGAGCUGCUUGACAGCAAGGGGAUUCAAGGUUUAAGCAGUAACGGUGCCAGGACCAGCAUGUCCACUGCCUGGGCAGCUCUUGCCUGGCCGCGGAAGAAAUCGAGGGCCAAAACCAUGAUGGGCCAACUUGAUAUCUACAGAAGCACCAUCAACCUCGUACUCACGGCUGAUAUUGCAAACGAAAUCAAGGCUCUCAGAGUGCAAGUCGAAACUUUAGAUGACAAAUUGUCCAGUUCCGAACGCCAGGAUAUCCUCAAGUGGCUCGUCAGAGUGGAUUCAACCUCCAACCACAAUUUUGCCCUUCAGCUACACGAGAGCGGCACAAGCGAUUGGGUGUUCCAAACAGACCAGUGGCGAUAUUGGCUCACUGGUGGCAAGCGUCUCCUGUGGAUCUACGGAAUCCCGGGAGCCGGGAAAACAAUUCUGGCAUCCUACCUCAUCGAGACCAUCAAGGAGCGUUGCAGGAAAAGCACCACCAUACUCCCGGAAGCUGCCGCUUUCCACUACUGCUUCCAUGCAAGAUCAGACGGCGAUGAGAGGACCAAGUGUAUUUCUUCACUCAUCGCCCAACUCUGCCGACAACUUCAACACAUCCCUCCAUUUUUAAAAACCGCCCACCAGCACAACUCAGCCACUCUUGGAGACUUGAUGCAGGUCUUCAAUCAAAUUGUUCUCCGGUUUGAGACGGUGCAUAUCGUGAUAGACGCUCUCGACGAGGCUGGAGAGCGAGGCCGGUUUUUGACUCUCAUCCACUCACUUGUUUCGAGCUCGCGAUACACAAACGUCCGUGUCUUGGUUACCAGCAGAGACGAAAUCGACAUUCGGCGGACUCUGGAGCCGAUAUCUUCUCAUAUUUCCAUGUCCAAUCCCGUCGUCGACGAUGAUAUCCGGCGCCAUGUCCACAGCGAGCUUCACUCGGAUCCCAAGUUUCUACGCUGGCCUCCCGCUCUUCUGGAUCAGGUGGAAAAUGCUCUCAUAAAGGGCGCAAAGGGGAUGUUCCGAUGGGCACAUUGCCAACUGCUUAUUUUGCGGAAGCUCAACCAACAGCGUGCUGUGAAAAGGGCCUUGAGCGAGCUACCCGAAACUCUGGAUGAGACAUAUGAGCGGAUUCUUUGCAGCAUCCCCGACGAAUCCAAGCCUCUUGCCUUCCGGGCCCUCGCGAUACUCUGUUCUGACAUGAAACAUCCUGGCCCUUUGACUGCCAACCUUGUCCGAGAUGCCGUGCUUUGGGGAGAUGCGGAACACGAGGACAUGAGUAGCAACCCCGACGACGAGCUGUUCGAUAUCGAAGCCCUGCACGAAGUCUGCAUAUGCCUCAUAACCGUACAUCAUUUUCCCGACACUUAUCAAUCAAGAUACGAUAAGCCGAUAUACUCGGGGAAGCCCAUUGUGUUGGCACACUACACAGUCAAGGAGUUUCUCGUCUCUGGCCGGAUAAAAGUGAGCCCAGCAUCGUAUUUCCAGCUAACGACAGCACAGGCAAGGCUUGAGCAUGUUCGGCCAUUGCUUCUUGCAGCGCUGCACGGCAACUACGAUGCGGGCCAAUCAUCCGACGUCGCCAAUGAGUUUCCCAAAUUUGCUUCUGGGGCCCUGCCCGGGAUACUACUCGAAAUUGACCAGGAUGUCGCCAACGAUCAUCGCACCCUAAGCCUUCUCACCGACCUCCUGAACCCCCGUAGUUUCCCAGUGUCUGCAUGGAGGACUCAGUUUUCCGGCAUACAGACAGAGGACGAUGCUUUUGUGACAAGGUCUGAACUGAGAUCCGCCAGCUCAAGUCUUCCCGUCUCCACCAUCGGUGCUACGGACAUGAGAAGCUUGCCAUGUGACGACCGAGCCAUUAUUGCCGCCAAGAUGAUGGCUCUGCAGCUCGAGAAGACAUCCCUAGCCUAUCUGGACCUGCUCUACCGCACCACCCCGGAUGGCAUCCCGCCCGUGCUGUCCGCGCGAGUCACCUUUGACUGUUUCCCCAAUUGCACCAUCCUCGACAUCGCCGCCGCGAGCACCUCAGAAGCCGUCUGCCGCUACCUCAUCGAAAAAGGCGCUAGCAUCCGGGACGCAACAAAGGCUCUGAUUCACGCGUGCAGUUUUCACGGCAAAGACCUGCCGUCUGGCGCCCUCGUGCCGCUGAUCAAAUACCUGUUGGAACAGGGGGCAGAACCCAACACGCGCGUGGGGCCCCUCACCCCGCUCAAAGCAGCCGUGUGUGUCGGCGACAUCGCGAACGUGAUCGCGCUGCUGGAGGGGGGCGCAGAUCCGGACGGCGCCGGCGAUGGCGCAUACCGCGGUGUCUCUGUGCGGCAGAGCUGUUGGAUGGACUUGUCUGUGCACGCGUACGAUGCGUCCCGGACACCAAGGACGAUGCCUUCCUACGGCCGCAUGAGCGAGGCAAAUGAAGAGGAAAUUAUGCUGAUACUCGAUCGAUACAGCAAGUUGGUGUCGUGAUGGUAUGAUUGGCAAGGAAAUGUGGGGGAAGUGAGUUCCUCCACUUUAACUAAGAACCCGAAACGAAGUCAUUUGUACAAAUUAACGCCAAUUUGUGAAUCCCCCCCCCCCCUAAGAGCACCACUUUUUUAUUAUUUGAACGAUAAAGAUGCCGUAAUUCAAUAACACGAAUGUGGGAUGGAGCUGUGUUUGCAUUUCAGCGUCUCAAGCAUUGAACGGCUUCAUCAAGAUCGUCAAGAUCUCAC